AUGCUCAGCGAGUCGGAUUUUUGGGACGGCUACUUUGGCCUCGGCACCGGAGAGGAGAAGAAGAUCAGCCUGCUUCUAUUUCAAGGAAUGCUUCUGGCAUCCUGCAAGUUCGUUGCGCCGGAAACGAUCAGCAUGUUGGGGUAUGAUGGCAUCCAGAACGCCAAAGACUCUUUCUACCGAAAGGCAAAGCUUCUCUACGACCUUGGCGCUGAGACAAGCCCUGUCGCCAAAGCCCAAGCUGCCCUUCUCCUGACCUUCAACACGACGGGCCCCGAGUUCCACGAGAGCACCUGGCUAGCAAAGGCCAUCGACAAUGCCCGAGUAGCUAAGGCAGAUGCUUUAUCGAAAGCAUAUGAGGCGUCUCGUACGACCGUCGACGGCGACGAAUCCUUGAGGCGUUUGUGGUGGUGUUGCUUUAUCCGCGACAGAUUCAUAGCUCUCGCCUCGAAACAGAAACCUUCCAUCGGUCCUGCAGAGUUCAUAGCCCAGCAAUACGUCGAGGCCGGGUCAUCUUUAUUGUGUGCUGAGAUCAAUCGCACGAGAGUGUAUAGUCAUGGAACGAGGGAAAGACUGGUCCGGGUCGUGGACGACACGGUCAGGCUCUGCGUGGCGAUGACGGACACACUCACUCUGGCCUUCACUUCCUUGUCUCCACAAAGCUCGGAAGCUGCAUGUGAAGAGCAGUAUUUGAAAGCCGGACAGGCGCUUUCCAAAUGGUUCGCGGAAUCCAGGUCGACGCUGCCGGCUGUGUCAUCCUCUGGUGCGUUCGCAAAGGAGGAGGACCCCGUCGUUCUGUACACCAACGUCAUGUUGGUGAACUACUUCUGGACGAGGAUCGUUCUUUGCCAGUGCCAGCUCGACUACAUCACUACUUCACAGCAGAAAAACGAAGACAGAAUCCAAAUCGCUUGGAAAAGGGACAUGGAGAAAGAGAUGCGAAGCUCAGCGACCGCCAUAGCUGCUUGCCUUGCCAGGCUGAACCGGCUUGAGUCACCACGGUCACGCCACUAA